UGUAUUUUCGAAAUAACUCGACUUCCCGUCCCCUUCAACGUGACACCAUGCCUUGGCCAUUGCUGCCAUCUAGCGGUAAUGACGGCACAGCACACAUCGAAUGUCGUCGAUCAAGCGCUCGUGUUGUGUUAAAUGAUAACUCUCAGUGACUCACCACAAUCGACAUGACGAGGAGACUAGUUCGGCAACGCCCCGUCGUCACUAGUCGUAUAUACACAAGUAUCUGCAACAAUACUCGACCAUUUUUUUGCUUUUGCUAGCAAGACACACACACGCGCGCACCACAACACGGAUCUAGUUUGUCCCAUUGGAGUUGCCGUACUAAGCAGUGCCACUCGUGUUGCUGUUCUUCCGCGUUCAGUUCCGAAUUAGGACGAAGCGACCCGAAACGUCGACACAGUUCGCCCGUCGCUACUCCAGUGGACUAAACCAUCAUGAGUGAAAUCUCCGAGUCCGGAUAAACCCGUCUCGUUUCACAUUGAAGCGUCGAGGACUCGCCUAGCCUAGCUUAGCUUAGCUUUUUAGCUAGCUGCUAGCAAGGCGACGCGCUUGUUCGCAAGUGUGCGCGUCAAGUGCUGCGAAAAUGUGUGCAAAACGUGUGAAAGAAGAAAAGUGCGAGGAGAGCGAGGGGCAACGUCAACGACUGGCCGCUUUUCGUCAGCAGCCUCACUUUGUGCUGAGCCGAGCAGACGUCAGUGGCGGAGAUCUUUGUCCUGAGCCGCCUGACAUUAAAGAGGAAGAAGAGCCAGAGGCCCCACACAUGAAAGAGGAGGAGCAGGAGGAUGACAUCACCAAGUUUCAGUUGACUGGUGUUAUUGUGAAGAGUGAACAAGGUGAUGGAGACCACAGUGGACAAUCACAAGCAGACGGCCUCUUACCGCCUCUAUCAGAUAGUGACGACAUAACGUCACACUCUGAUGAUGAUGAUGAUGAUGAGGAGGAGGAGGAGGAACACUCUCAUCAUGAUAUGACGCUUCACACUGACAAAAAGCGAGUGAAAUGUUCUCAGUGCGACAAAGUUUUUUACAAGUCCUCAUUGAAAAGACACACAAGAACACACACUGGAGAGAAACCUUUUGCCUGCUCAGUUUGUAGUAAAAGAUUCUCUAGAAAGGGAGAUUUAGGAACACACCAGAGAACACACACUGGGGAGAAACCUUUUGCGUGCUCCGUUUGUGGUAAAAGAUUUACUCAAGGAAACUCUUUGAUAGCGCAUGAGAGAACGCACACCGGUGGAAAACCUUUUGCUUGUUUAGUUUGCGGUAAAACGUUCAGUCAGAAAGGAAAUUUGAUUGCGCACACAAGAACACACACUGGAGAAAAACCUUUUGCCUGUUCAGUUUGUGGUCAAAGAUUCUCUAUAAAGGCAAAUUUAACAACGCACAUAAGAACACACACUGGAGAAAAACCUUUUGCCUGCUCAGUGUGCGACCAAAGAUUCUCUAUCAAGAGAAAUUUAACAAGACACACGCGAACACACACUGGAGGGAAAUGAUUCGGUUGCAGCAAACGAUGAAAGCGGUUCACAGACAAGCUGGCGAGGGGCAGCGAUCAGCGAAGCUGCAGAAUAAACGGAAGAAACCGAGGCUGUGUUGCUUUUUGACUUGUUCCUUUUUCUCUAAUCACUAUAGAGGGAUUUUUAUAUAGUCAACUAUAUACACUAUAUUACCAUAAGUCAUCACUGACCUUCCUUCACCCGGAUAUGAACUUUAACGCUGUCAGUAAGUCCUCGCGAAAUAAAUCUUUCUGAAUGAGUCUGAAACAGGCCGAAAACGCGACUAAGGACGUCCAUCACUACCCUACUGGACUAAAACGUUAUUUGUUGCAUAAACUGAAGCCAGUUUAACUUAGCUUGAUAGCCGCUAACAAAGAGUUGUUAGCCACACCUGGCUCAGCAGAGAUCACGUGUGAAAAGUCACCGUCUAAAAAUGUGGGAAAAAUGUGUGAAAGAAGAAGAGUACGAGGAGGACAUUUGUCGAGCGGAAGAGACCGAACGUCACCGACUGGACGCCGUUUGCGAGCUGCAAGCUCGAGAUUUGCUACAGAGAGCAGACGUCACUCGAGAAGAUCUUCUUCAGCAGGAGCCAGAGUCCCUCCAGAUCAAAGAGGAGGAGGAGGAGGAGCUUCCGCAGAUCAAAAAGGAAGAGGACCUCCAGUCUCCUCUCUUUAAAGAGGAAGCGGAGGAGGAUGAAAUCAGCAAGUUCUCAUUGACUGCUGUCAGUGUGCAGAGUGAAGCAAGUGAUGGAGACCACUUUGGAGGAUCCCAAGCAGACGGCCUCUUAGCGCCGCUCGCAGAUAGUGACAGCGCAACGUCACACUCUUCUGACUAUGAGGACGGAGAACACUGGAAAGACGUCAGUGACAGAGAUCUUUGUCCUGAGCCGCCUGACAUUAAAGAGGAAGAAGAGCCAGAGGCCCCACACAUGAAGGAGGAGGAGCAGGGGGAUGACAUCACCAAGUUUCAGUUGACUGGUGUUAUUGUGAAGAGUGAACAAGGUGAUGGAGACCACAGUGGACAAUCACAAGCAGACGGCCUCUUACCUCCUCUAUCGGAUAGUGACGACAUAACGUCACACUCUGAUGAUGAUGAUGAUGAUGAUGAAGAACACUGUUGUCGUCAUAUGAUGCUUCACACUGAUAAAAAGCCAGUGAAAUGUUCUCAGUGUGAGUCCUCAUCAAAAAGACGCAUAAGAACACACAGUGGAGAGAAACCCUUUGCCUGCUCAGUUUGUAGUAAAAGAUUCUCGAGAAAGGGACAUUUAGGAAUCCACCAAAGAACACACACUGGGGAGAAACCUUUUGCUUGCUCUGUUUGCGGUAAAAGAUUCACACAAGGAAACUCUUUGACGGCCCAUGAGAGAACGCACACUGGUGGGAAACCUUUUGUUUGUUUAGUUUGUGGUAAAACGUUCAGUCAGAAGGGAAAUUUAAUUGCGCACACAAGAACACAUACUGGAGAAAAACCUUUUGCCUGUUCAGUUUGUGGUCAAAGAUUCUCUAUAAAGGCAAAUUUAACAACGCACAUAAGAACACAUACUGGAGAAAAACCAUUUGCCUGCUCAGUGUGUGGCCAAAGAUUCUCUAUCAAGAGAAAUUUAACAAGACACACGCGAACACACACUGGAGAGAACCGAUUCAUUUGCAGCGUACGAUAAAAGAUUGUAUGAAAAGUGUUUGGUUCACAGACAAAUGUACAGACGAGAAGAGCAGCUGUCAGUGAAGUUGCAGAAUAA